AGAUGUAUCUACACUAGCACAGGCUUUAAUUUCUCUGUCAUAUUCUAAUGAAUGUAGUCCAUACAAAACUUAGAAAUCGUUAAGUGUUAGAUCAGUAAAAGAGUAAAGAUACGACAGCCUCAGAUGAACUAGAACCUGCGGACGAAAAAGUUGUCCUGUAGAGACACGAUUUGCAUAUUCAGAGAGUACUGCUCACUGAAAGUAUACUCCUUUUUAUUAAUAUAGGCCUAAUUUUUUUGGAUUUUUUUAGGAAUUUGGUAUAAAUUCGUGGGAUUUUGUGGAAGAAAUUGGUAGGGACAAGGGAAUUUUAUUUGUGAGAAGUGGCACCAGUGUUUUGUUGUUGCUGUAUACUACAUGGUGCAGUCGACGUGACGAGGUGUAUCUGGAGGAGGCAGACACACACACCAUGAAGGAUGAAUCUGGUGCCUGCCACGCACACUGAUAUACAAAGUGAUGAUCAGAAUAUACGUCAUGUGGUGGAAGCACAAAUGGAGACAACUUACAGUGGACAUUAGAACACACAUUCCAUUUUAUCAUCAAAAACUACCAUGGGGUACUCUGCUGUGUGCCCUCGUGGUGAAUUUUGUGACUCCAGUUUACACAAAAGACAAGGUAGACCCCUCAGAAUACCGUCAUCGUGGGGACUUACACUUAGUGCGUGGAUCCAACGUGCACUCCCUAGCGUGGGUAGUGGAGCUUACAGAUGGUUGCUCAGUUAACGAUGUGAUUCGUGAUUAUAAAAAGAAAAGCCAUUUCAUGAAGUACAAUAUUUGUAAUGUUAGUGAUGUAAUUUUAAGUCAUAAUCAGUCCAAAGAUUAUGGAAUUAGUUCAAAUUAUGACAGUGAUCCAGUAUUUAGUGAGAAGAAUCACUCAGUUGAACAGGAGACACAGGAUAUACCAACCCAGCUCAUUGUAAUUAAAGGGCUGAGUUUGAGAAAUGUUUACAUCAUUGCUCAUCCUUACUAUUGGUUUUACUCCCGAGAAAAAAGAAAAUGGAAGAUGAAACGAACUCGACAAGUACAAAGAGCACACUCUAGCAAUACCUCGUCUUCAGUGUUUCAUGACUAUGGGAAAUCCAUGAUGGAUGAUGUUAUUUUCCUCAGGACUGAAGCAUGUUUGGAGCAGUAUUUUGGUAAUCAUCCCUGUGUUAAGUAUGCUAAUCAAGAAGUGCUUAGACCAAGACAGAAACGACGUAGAGUAGACUUUCAUGACCCCUUGUAUGAAGAACAGUGGCAUUUGAAAAAUUCUGUGGCUGGUCAGUAUGAUAUUAAUGUUGUUGGUGCGUGGGAGAGUGGCAUCACUGGGCGAGGUGUGACCGUGUGUGUCAUUGAUGAUGGGUUGGAGUGGCAGCACCCAGACUUAAGAGACAAUUACAGUCCUGCAGGCUCGUACGACCUUAACUCGGAUGAUCCUGACCCAUCUCCUGUCAAGAAUGGAGAGCGAAAUGAACACGGUACAAGAUGUGCUGGGGAAAUUGCCGCAGUUACCAAUAAUGUGUGUGGUGUUGGUGUAGCUUACAGAGCUAACAUCUCGGGAAUUCGUGUACUUGGGGGACGCAUGACAGAUUCCAUGGAAGCCGCUGCAUUCAUACAAGGGUUAGAAGUGAAUGAUAUAUAUUCCUGUAGCUGGGGUCCAGAUGAUGAUGGUAAGACAGUAGAUGGUCCUCACCAUCUGGCCUCUCGUGCACUGGUACACGGCAUCACUUAUGGCAGGAAGGGAUAUGGGGCCAUAUAUGUUGUUGCUUCUGGCAAUGGUGGAAGGAACAAUGAUAACUGUAAGUUUUGCAAGUCUUUUUACAAGAGCUUCCCAUCCAUUGUGAUUGAAUAG